AUGGCCUCCGCGGAGCCCUCGCCGCCCGCGUCGCCGCCCGCCUCUCCCGAGCCGGAGCUGGCGCAGCUGAGGCGGAAGGUGGAGAAGUUGGAGCGCGAGCUGCGGAGCUGCAAGCGGCACGUGCGGGAGGUGGAGAAGCUGCUGCGGCACACCGAGCGGCUGUACCAGAGCGCCGAGAGCAAUAACCAGGAACUCCGCACGCAGGUAGAAGAACUCAGUAAAAUACUGCAUUGUGGGAGAAAUGAAGAUAAUACAAAGUCUGAUGUAGAAGUACAGACAGAGGACCACGCUCCGUGGUCCAUUUCAGAUUAUUAUUAUCAGACAUACUAUAAUGAUGAUAGUCUUCCCCGUAAAGAGACGGAACUGUCUGCACAGCAGAGCCAGUGUGUUCAAGCUCCUACUAAAGAUGAGGCACAAGUAGACAGUGAUCGUUAUGCUGGUACUGAUGUAGCAGAAUGUGUUAAACAUACACAAGAAGACCACUUCACCUCUGACUCACAGGAGAGUGCGUCCGCGUUAGCAGCCGAGGGCACGGCCUUGGAAGGGGCCUCGCUAGCUGAAAGCUUGAGAGCGGCCGCCGAAGCUGCUGUGUCGCAGACCGGCUUCACUUACGACGAGAACACAGGGUUGUAUUUUGACCACAGCACUGGCUUCUAUUAUGAUUCCGAAAACCAACUAUACUAUGAUCCUUCCACUGGGAUUUAUUACUACUGUGAUGUGGAAAGUGGUCGAUACCAAUUUCAUUCUCGAGUAGAUUUACAGCCUUACCAGACCUCUAGCACAAAACCAAGCAAAGAUAAAAAAUUGAAGAAGAGAAGAAAGGAGCCAGGUUUUUGUACAGCAAAUGAUGAAAAGGAUUUGAGUUCAGAAGACCAGAAAGUCUGCAGCGUUGAAUAUAUAAACUGCAGUGAGGAAGACAGUGGUGCCAAUCUGAAAAAGAAGGCCAGAGUAGACACUCCCCACAGAAGCAGUCCCUUAAGACCCCCUCUUGCAGUUAGCCGAAACACUGGCGAGCCUCCUGGUGAUGACAAUUCAGCCUCAUCUAAGGAUGAGAAAGUUAGAGAGAGUGAGAGCGAGCCGGAAGAAGGUGAAAUUACAGACUCUCAGAGCGAGAAUAGUUAUGAUGAAGAUAGUCCCAGUGAGAACGAGGAGUCCUCGGGAGAAUCGGAGGAUGAAGAUGAGGAAAAGAUUUGGCCCCCCUGUAUUCGGGUGAUUGUUAUUAGAUCUCCAGUGUUACAGACGGGCUCACUGUUCAUCAUCACAGCUGUCAACCCAGCCACCAUUGGGAGAGAAAAGGAUAUGGAGCAUACUCUCCGAAUCCCUGAAGUUGGUGUCAGUAAGUUUCACGCAGAAAUUUAUUUUGACCAUGACCUGCAAAGCUACGUCCUUGUGGAUCAGGGCAGCCAGAACGGUACCGUUGUCAACGGGAAGCAGAUUCUUCAGCCCAAAACUAAAAGUGACCCUUACGUCCUUGAACACGGUGAUGAGGUGAGGAUCGGGGAGACCGUGUUGUCUUUUCACAUCCACCCUGGCAGCGAGACCUGCGAUGGCUGUGAACCAGGGCAGGUCAGAGCUCACCUGCGCCUCGACAAGAAAGACGAGCCUUUCGUUGCUCCAGCGUUAAGUAAGGAGGAGAAAGAGUUGGAAAGGAGGAAAGCGCUAAGGAAAAUACGGGUGAAGUACGGUCUGCAGAAUACAGAAUAUGAAGAUGAAAAAGCGUUGAAGAAUCCAAAAUAUAAAGACAGAGCUGGAAAACGCAGAGAGCAGGUUGGAAGCGAAGGGACUUUCCAGAGAGAUGAUGCCCCUGCGUCUGUCCACUCUGAAAUUACAGAUAGCAACAAAGGCCGGAAGAUGCUGGAGAAGAUGGGCUGGAAAAAGGGAGAGGGCCUGGGAAAGGAUGGUGGAGGAAUGAGGACGCCGAUCCAGCUUCAGCUCCGACGGACACAUGCAGGCUUGGGGACAGGGAAACCAUCCUCUAUCGAUGAUCUUCACUUUCUCCAGAAUAAGAGCAAGAAAAACUGGGACAAAGCGAGAGAGAGGUUUGCAGAAAACUUCUCAGAAACUAAACCUCUGAAAGAUGCAGCGGGGGCCACGCCGUGGGUGAAGGGGUCUGCAGAAUGAAGGUCGGUCACAGGAAAAACUGGAGCUUUGAAAAGAGAAGACUUUGGAAACUGUUGUUGUAGAAACUUGGGUUCUCAAAAAGUCAGUAACAGGAGGGAACUCUUCAGAUGGUCCUCUUGAUCCACACACGUGUGAGGACGUGUGCUUUACAGCUUGUAGAGAGCAUUUUAACUCGGGCAGGAGCGGAAUGAACUCAUGCAGGAAGUGGACUGAAGUUCACGGAGCACAGGCAGAGCUUGUCAGACCGUUGCUGUUUAAUACUGUCAUGUACCACACCUGUAGAGGGCAAUAGCCAUGCGAGCAGAAUUCAGACAACCACUAAUGACGUGAGUGGACGUUUGUCCUGUCUCUAUGUGUCACUGUUAGAAGAUGUGCAGACAGGAAAUAGACGUUUAUAAAACAAUUCUGUGUGGAUACUUGUUUACACCUUUUAGAACCUAGGUUUUUUGUUUUUUUAAGUUGAGAAACCCUGAGUAGUGGAGCAUAAUUUUAUCCUUAAAAUAACUGCAGUAAAUUGAACAACUGAUGAGCAGGUGACAUGCUAUAGAAAAUUAGUCUCAAACUGUUUUCUUCUGUGAAGAAUGUUGAUUUGUACUAUAUAUUCAGCAUUUGCCUUUGGGUUUUUCCUAGCUGAUGAAACAUUUGAUAUAGACAACUGGGUGCAUAUUGGCAUAUUCAAUGUGCUAGCAUUUUUAGUUUUGAUAAAUACCAUUGCGGGCAAUGGGGUUGUGCCAGAGAAACCUGACAACCAGUGCAGAUGGGUUACUUAGCCAAGGCUUCAAACACAAACAUUUGCUGGAAACAUCUUCAAAUGCAAUAAAAAAACAUUUUAAAAGACUUGAUUUCUUGAAUAAAUGAUUUAAACAUA